AUGCUACGAUUCCCAACAAGUAAUGCUGAGUUGCAACUAGUAAAGAGGCCGGUUGAGGAGUGUAAGGUUUUAAAUUUGCUAGUGAGGGCAUGUCCACCUCCUUGCAGCAAGUUUCAGAGGCAAGAAUUAUCCACUGUUGUGUUAUAUGAUCUCAGUGAGCCACCCAUCUAUGCUGUUGAUGAAGAAGGAGUUGCCUUUGAAAGUCAGAGUAGCAGCUGCAGUUUAGUAGCUCAUGGUACUGGUGUUUGCACACAAGAGAGCAAGAAUGUAAAAGGGAAACUGAAAGCUGUUUUGGAAAUAGAAGAAGAAGAGGGAUAUGAUGGCAGUGGUGGUUCUGAUUGUGAAGGUGAAGAUGACAGUGAUGUAAACCCUUUUUAUAUGGGUGAUGCUGAUGACAUAGAGAUGGAUGAGGGAAAGAAACAGAGAGAGUAUGAUGAAGUAGAAGAGGAAGAAACAGAUGAUGAAGAAUCUGAGGAGGAAGAAAUGGUGCAUUACUCUGGUGACACAGAUGUUGAGGAACCUUUUGAAAUGGAUGAAGAUGACAAGGUUGUUUCACAGGAUGAAGAAACUGUAAUUGUACAUGAAGAGAAGAAGAAGAAGAAACAGAAGCUUCCAGUUAGGAAAGGUCCUACAACAAGGACACAUUCAAGUGUAGUUCAAGAGGAGGAACCUGAUUUCCAACCUUCAUCUGAUGAAGAACAGAAAGGAUUGUUGAAGGAGGUUGAUGAUGAUGGUUAUGAGCCAUUGGCAUUUGUGCUGCCAAAGAAAAGGAAGAGCAGGGCAAAGCGGAGGCCUCCUAGAAAAUGGUACAAUGAGAAAAUGGAGGCACCACAUGAGCAAUUAUGUCUACAGAUGUGUUUCAAGGAUCAACAUCAAUUCAGAGAGGCUUUGUUGAACUUACACAUCACUCAAGGCAGAAACUUCAAAUAUCAUAGGAACUCAGAUCAAAGAAUAAUUGUAGAAUGCAACCAAAAACAUUGCAACUUCUUUAUGGUGGCAGCAGUUAUAAAAGGUGAAACUACUUUUGUAAUUAAGAAGAUGAGAAUUAAGCACACUUGCCCUAUUAGUACAGAGACAACAAGGGUAAGUGCCAAGUGGCUUGCACAGAAGUAUGAGUCACUGUUCAGAUCUGAUCUAACAACUGGCAUUCAGACUUUGAUUGAUGCCUGCAUGGAGAAGUAUGGUGUGGAUGUGCCCAAGUCAAUGACAUAUAGGGCAAAGAACCUAGCUAUUGAUGCUGUGCUAGGAGACCACAAGAAGCAAUACCCUAGGUUGAAAGACUAUGCUCAGACAGUGAUGGAUACAAACCCUGGGAGUAGAGUAGUAGUCACUACUGUAACUCCAACACCCACUGAAAAAAUCCCCCAUCCAGGUCCAAGAUUCCAUGCUAUGUUCUAUUGCAUCAAUGGAGCAAGGGAGGGGUUUCUCAAGGGGUGCAGACCAUUCAUUGGUGUUGAUGGGUGCUUCAUUAAGUUAACUACUGGUGCUCAACUACUUGCUGCCACUGGUAGAGAUGGCAACAACAAUAUAUACCCACUAGCAUUUGGUAUUGUUGGGCAAGAGGACACACCUAACUGGUGUUGGUUUCUACACCAACUUAAAAUCUGCCUAGGAGGAGAAGUGGGAAGGUUUGGUCCAUAUACAAUAAUGUCAGAUAGACAAAAGGGCCUACUAAAUGCAGUGAAUGCUGUCUUUCCUAAGUGCAACCAAAGGUUCUGCCUUAGGCAUAUCUAUGCAAACUUCCAAAAUGCUGGGUUUAGGGGGGAAGAUCUGAAAAAGUGUAUGGAUAAUGCUGCCUAUGCAUAUAGUGAACACAAAUUUAACAUUGCAAUGAAUGACCUUAGAGCUGAGUGUGAGCAAGCUUGGGAGUGGCUUUGUCAAAUACCCAAGAAAACAUGGUCAAGGCAUGCAUUUGACACAAACUGCAAGACUGACCUUGUAGUUAACAAUUUAUCUGAGGUGUUCAACAAGUAUGUCCUAGAUGUUAGGAAGAAACCAAUUAGGACAAUGUGUGAUGGAAUAAAGGAUAAGCAGAUGGUGAGGUGGCAUAGGAAUAGGGAGAGUGGAAAGAAAGCUAGAUGGGACAUAACACCCCAUUAUAGUGAGAAGCUAGAGGUUGAGAAGGAGAGGGCCAAAUAUUGCAAACCAAUUCAAGCUGGUGUGGACUUGUGGCAAGUUACAAGUGGGCAGCAAACCCAUGCUGUUAACUUGCAAAUGCACACAUGUGGGUGCAGAAAAUGGGACCUAAGUGGCAUCCCAUGUAACCUGCCAUCUCAGCAAUAA